UUCCCGGGCAAUCUUUUAUAAAGGCUUUCCUCGUCUCCUUCCUUCCCUCUCUUUCCGUGCCUUGCAACGGAGAUAAGUAGCAAGUCAACAGCGAGAUCUCCGAGGGAGAGAUCUCGGAUUCUCUCCUCUCCUUCCUUCAUUUCACCGGAAAAGAGAAAGUCUGGAGAUGGCUGGUAGGAAGCCUGGUGUUAUUGCUUUGUUUGAUGUAGAUGGAACACUUACAGCUCCACGAAAGGUAGUAACACAAGAGAUGCUAGAAUUUAUGCAGAAGCUCAAAGAGGUUGUAACUGUUGGUGUUGUUGGAGGGUCUGAUCUUGUAAAAAUAUCGGAGCAACUCGGGAAGACAGUAAUUACUGAUUAUGAUUAUGUUUUCUCUGAGAAUGGUUUGGUUGCUUACAAAAGUGGCCAGCUGAUUGGCACCCAGAGCUUGAAAUCAUUUCUUGGAGAAGACAAGCUCAAGGAAUUUAUCAACUUCACACUCCAUUACAUAGCUGACUUGGACAUUCCAAUCAAAAGAGGAACCUUCAUAGAGUUCAGAAGUGGAAUGCUCAAUGUUUCACCUAUUGGGAGAAAUUGUAGUCAAGAGGAAAGGGAUGAAUUUGAGAAGUUUGAUAAGGUUCAUAAUAUACGCUCAAAAAUGGUUUCUGUUCUAAGAGAUAAGUUUGCACAUCUAAACCUUACAUUUUCCAUUGGUGGACAAAUAAGUUUUGAUGUUUUUCCUCAUGGUUGGGACAAAACAUACUGUUUAAGUUAUCUUGAAGGCUUCAAAGAAAUACACUUCUUUGGGGAUAAAACUUACAAGGGUGGGAACGAUUAUGAGAUUUUUGAGUCAGAGCGCACGAUAGGCCACACAGUGGUAAGCCCGGAUGAUACUGCUAAACAGUGCCGCAGCCUGUUUCUCAAUCAUUGAUUUUGGAGUUGGACAGCGAAGCUCUUUUUUUUCUCCUCGAAAGUACUUAGGGUCGUAAUAGUCCCGUUCUCGUUGGCAAAGAGCCUUGUAGGAGGAUUUGUUUGAAAUUUUAUGUGAUUUAUUGUAAUUUAAUACAAGAGAUCAAACACGUCUUUGAUGAUCAUGACCUCUGCCACUGAAAAAUACAAUUGAGAAAAAAAAUCAAGUCACAGUUGCCAGAGUAUUCGCAAAAAGAUGGAAUUAUAUUGA